UCUAAAUCUUGCAUCAGUUCUGCCCCAAUUGGCCACCAGAACUACCGCUACUGGCUAGCCGGUCAAGCGAUAUGACCUCCCAUAUCCUCCUCUCACAGCUACUUCUUCUCUCAUAACUGCUCUAUCAUGGCUAUCAAGCCAUCCGUUGCCGUCCUGCCCACCAUCGUCUCUCCCCUCUGCAGCUCCCAUUAUCUCACCCACUGCGCCCGAUCUACUUCUUCACCUCUAUGCAAACGAUUCAAACGACAAUACGCCACUGUGCAAGACACCGGCGAGAAGAAAUGGUCCGACUGGAAACCUUCUCCCGAUGAAACCGUCCACGAAUGGCCAAAGUCACCACGGCCCACGCCCUACGAAGUACUCGGCAUUUCCAAGGGUGCCGUCUACGAUAAGCGACGCUUCUAUCAUCUCGUCAAGCUGUAUCAUCCCGACACGCACGACCAUCACCACCUCCACCAUCAUGCGUCCUCAUCAUCCGCAUCCGCAUCCGCAUCCUCACACGUCAAAACCCUUCCCCACGCUACCCGCCUCGAACGAUAUCGCAUGAUUGUCGCCGCCAACGAACUUCUCAGCAGCUCCUCCAAGCGUCGCAUGUACGACACCUACGGCCUAGGAUGGUCGCAUGGCGACCGCGCUGCAUCCCUGCGCGACAUUGACAGAACCUGGCGGCACCAAGAAGGCACCGCCGCGAACAAUGCCACAUGGGAAGACUGGGAACGGUGGCGGGAGGCCCAGGAGGGGAAAUCGAGUGAGCCGGUGUACAUGUCGCAUGGCGCGUUCGCCUCCAUCUUGGUGCUCAUGUGUCUUGUUGGCGCCAUGGCGCAGACCAAUCGUGCCGAGACGAGCGGCGCGCAGUACGUUGGGUGGGCAGCCGAUCACAGCGCCGAGAUUGGCGGCCGGCUGCGAAGGAAUGGCACGGCGGUGGCUGGUCUCAACAAGGACGAGAGAGUCGAUUACUUCUUGCGAGAACGUGAAAACACCAAUUUCCAGUUUGUGCCGAACAAGUACGAGUCAACCGACCAUCCUAGACCGUCGUCAUAG